ACAGCUGCAGGAGAAGAUAUGGAGUCUAUGAAUGAGGAAGCUAACAAGAACUCAGAGCUGAAGAGCUCUGAGCUGAGGGAGCCACUCCAGGCAGCAGUGCAGACAGCCAAAGAGCAAGAUACCCAGUGCGUAGUGAAGGUGGAAGCUGUUUUAAGACAACGGGUGGGAAAUCCAGGCGGGAUAUUAAAUAGCAUUAGAUGUUCAGAAAGCAGCAAAGACCUGGAUGAAAUCUCAGCCGAGGAGGCAAAAGGGAAGGAUGAGGGACAAGUAACCGCAACAGAAUGUGAGAACAGCUCCUACAUUGCAGAAGAGAGGCCGUAUAAGUGCUCAGACUGUGGGAAAACCUUCUGUAGGAACGCUAACCUUAUUAGACAUUAUAGAACCCACACAGGGGAGAAACCCUAUGAAUGCACCGUAUGUGGGAAAAGCUUCUCUCAGAAAGGAAAUCUUGCUAUGCAUGAGAGAAUCCAUGCAGAAGAGAAGCCGUACAAGUGUUUGCAUUGUGGGAAAUCCUUCUGUAAGAACGCCGACCUCCUUCGACACCAGCGCAAUCAUACAGGGGAGAAACCAUAUCAGUGCUCCAUGUGCGGGAGAAGCUUCAGCAUGAAUUCUGACUUUAUUAUACAUUUCAGAACCCACACAGGAGAGAAGCAACAUGAAUGCUCAGAAUGCGGCAAAAGCUUCAAUAAGAAAUGUAACCUGGUUGCACACGCCAGGACCCAUACCGGGGAGAAACCGUACAAAUGCUCAGAGUGCGAGAAAUCUUUCACUACAAACUCGGAAGUCUUUAAACAUUACAGAACCCACUCGGAAAACAAACCUUACGACUGCAGGAACUGUGGCAAGAGGUUCAGGCAGGAAUCGCAUUUAGCCGCACAUAGGAGAAUCCACACUGGGGAUAAGCCAUACGAAUGCUCAGACUGCGGGCAGAAAUUUACUCGGAAAGGAAACCUCGCUCUUCACGAGAGAAUCCACACAGAAGAGAAACCAUAUAAAUGCUUGGAAUGUGGCAAAUCGUUCCAAGCAAACUACAAACUUACUGCACAUCAGAGACUCCAUGCAGGAGAGGCUCCAUACGAAUGUCCGGACUGCGGCAAAAGCUUCAUCCAAAAAGGGAGACUCACAGCACACCUACAGUUCCACUCAGAGAAGAAACCAUAUGAAUGUUUGGAUUGUGGGAAAUCUUUUGUUAUGAACUCCGAUCUCCUUAGACAUCAGAGAACCCACACGGGCGAGAAACCAUAUGAAUGCACAGACUGUAAGAAAAGCUUUAGCCGGAAAGAUGGCCUUCUCAAACAUAUAAUCAUCCAUUCAGGGGAGCAAUUGCAGACGUAUGAGAAACCCUAUGGAUGCUUGCACUGUGGCAGAAGCUACAAUUACAAGCAAAAUCUCAUUAUCCAUAUGAGAAACCACAGCGGAGAAAAGCCCUAUCGGUGUUCAGACUGCGAUAAGGCCUUUAAUACAAACUCCGAGCUUACUAAACAUCGGAGAAUGCACACAGGAGAGAAACCGUACAAGUGCUCCGAGUGCGGGAAAAGCUUCAGCCAGAAAGGAGACCUUAUUGUCCAUGUGAGGAUCCACACAGGGGAGAAACCAUAUAAAUGUACCGAUUGUGGCAAAUGUUUUAGCCUUAGUUACCUUGUGAUCCGCCACCAGCAAAUGCACACAGGGGAGAAACCGUUUCUGUGUUCUGAAUGCGGGAAAAGUUUUGGCAUACGCUCAAAACUUAUUCGGCACCAGUUGACUCACACAGGAGAAAAACCAUACAAGUGCCUGGACUGCAGUCAGUGUUUCACUCGUAAAACGAACCUUUUCAAACAUAUGGCAGCCCAUUCAGUGAAGAAACCAUAGAAAUCCCCUGGAGCAGGUGUUGGGUUGGUCCAUGACUGCUAUAGUUGUAUUCCUCACAAGUGAAUGCACACAGAGCAAAGCAAUUCAUAUUAAUUUUCCUAAUGGGAAAAAGUUUCAAUCUCUCAUCAGCCUCAAAGUAGCUUAUAUGGCACAGUUAAUUUUCUAAGAGCAAUAUGAUCCUUCAGGAAGCACUUAAUAAGCAAGGGUCAAUUAAGGAAUUGUGGGCUCCAAAGGGAGGUAAUUGAAAUACAACUCUUACAUCAGAAUGUAAGAAAAGGUUAAUUGGUAAAAUAAGAAUAUGAGUAGAGGCUGCUGGAUCAGGCCCAUAUAGUCUAGCAUCCUGUUCUUACAAUGGCCAACUAGAUGCCCAUGGGAAGGCUGCAAAACAAGACCUGAGCAGGAGAACACAGUGCCCUGCUGCCACCACUUCCAGCAACUGCUGUCAAGAAGCAUUUACUGUCUCCAACUGUGGAGGCAGAGCA